ACUUUGUAGGUUAGCCACGGGAAUUCCAUCUGCGCGUGCAAAAACGAAGUGCACUGAGCCGAACAAGGGUGAGACGGGCUGACGAAAUCCGAGCACGGUGUGUUGGCAGCCGUAGCGCAUUUUUGCAACUGCAGCAAAUCCGGUCGGUUGUGCAAGUUCAUCGAUUUUUAGCAUUAAUUCAUAACCGUAGCUCCGAAGCACAUCGUUAUUAUUCGUGCAUGGUAGAGGCGAGCAAACGUGUGUCGCUGGAUCUAGUAAAGUGAAGAUGAAUAACAUUACGAGCGACGAGAUGACGCGGCUGCCGGAGACGAUCAACUUUCCGGCGGAGGAAGAAAAGGUGCUCUCCUACUGGCAGGCGGAGAAGGUGUUUGAGAACUGUUUGAAACAGUCGAAAGGCAAACCUAGGUACACGUUUUACGAUGGACCACCGUUUGCGACGGGUUUGCCCCACUACGGACACAUCCUCGCCGGCACGGUAAAGGACAUAGUGACGCGGUAUGCGCAUCAGCAGGGUUACCACGUGGAGCGCCGGUUCGGCUGGGAUUGCCACGGGCUGCCGGUGGAGUACGAGAUCGAUAAGACGCUGAACAUCCGCGGACCGGACGACGUGGCAAAGAUGGGCAUCAAGGCGUACAACAACGAGUGCCGCAAGAUUGUGAUGCGAUACGCGAACGAGUGGGAGCAGAUCGUGGGCCGGAUGGGACGGUGGAUCGAUUUCAAGAACGACUACAAAACGCUCUACCCCUGGUACAUGGAGUCGAUCUGGUGGGUGUUCAAGCAGCUGUACGCGAAAGGGUUCGUGUACCAGGGCGUUAAGGUGAUGCCGUAUUCGACCGCCUGUACGACGGCGCUGUCAAACUUUGAGUCGGGCCAAAACUACAAGGAGGUGACGGAUCCGGCCGUGUUCGUAUCGUUCCCGAUCGUCGGCGACAAGGAUGGGGCGGCCUUGGUCGGCUGGACGACCACCCCGUGGACAUUGCCGUCCAAUCUGGCCUGCUGCGUACAUCCGGAGCUGGUGUACGCGAAGGUGCGCGAGACGAAAACGGGCAAGGUGUACAUCAUGAUGGAGUGUCGCAUCGAGUCGCUGUUGAAGGGGCCGGAAAACUACACCAUUCUCGAAAGCUUCCCGGGCUCGAAGCUGGCGGGUGUGCGGUACGAGCCACUGUUCGAUUACUUCCGCAAGUACGAGAGUGUCGGAUUCCGCGUGCUUACCGACACGUACGUCACGGAGGAAUCCGGUACCGGUGUGGUCCACCAGGCGCCCUACUUCGGCGAGGACGAUUACCGCGUGUGCUUGGCGAAUGGGGUGAUCAAGCGCGAUCAGGAGAUUGUCUGUCCGGUGGACGCGAGUGGCAAGUUUGUGGAACCGGUGACGGAUUUCGCCGGCCAGUACGUGAAGGAUGCGGACAAGGCCAUCAUUAAGCUGCUGAAGGAGCGUGGCCGUCUGGUGCUGGCAUCGCAGGUAAAGCACAACUAUCCCUUCUGCUGGCGAUCGGAUACGCCGCUGAUCUACAAGGCCGUCCCGUCCUGGUUCGUGCGGGUGGAGCACAUGAACAAGCAGCUGCUGAACUGUAGCUCCCAGACGUACUGGGUGCCGGAGUAUGUGAAGGAGAAGCGCUUCGGCAACUGGUUGCGGGAUGCGCGCGAUUGGGCCAUCAGCCGGAACCGGUACUGGGGUACACCGAUCCCGCUGUGGAUCUCGCCGGACGGCAAGGAGAUCGUGUGCGUCGGUAGCAUCGACGAGCUGGAACGCUACUCGGGCGUGCGGGUGACCGAUCUGCAUCGCGAAAGCAUUGAUCACAUCGAAAUACCGUCGGCCGUGCCGGGCAAUCCGCCGCUGCGGCGCGUGACGGAAGUGUUCGACUGCUGGUUCGAGUCCGGCUCGAUGCCGUUCGCCCAGAGCCACUAUCCGUUCGAGAAUCCGGCCGAGUUUAUGAACAACUUCCCGGCCGACUUCAUCGCGGAGGGUAUCGAUCAGACGCGCGGCUGGUUCUACACGCUGCUCGUCAUCUCGACUGCGCUGUUUAAUAAGGCGCCCUUCAAGAAUCUGAACGUGACCGGGCUCGUGCUGGCGGCGGACGGUCAGAAGAUGUCGAAGCGCAAGAAGAACUACCCCGACCCGAUGGAGGUGGUGAACAAGUACGGAGCGGACGCGCUGCGCCUGUAUCUGAUCAACUCGCCGGUCGUGCGGGCGGAGAAUCUGCGCUUCAAGGAGGAGGGCGUGCGGGACAUCAUCAAGGACGUGUUUCUGCCCUGGUUCAACGCGUUCCGGUUCCUGUUCCAGAACGUCGACCGGUUCGAGAAGGAGGAAGGCAUCCGCUACCGGUACGACGCGGUGCGGCACGCCGAGAAGCGCUCCACUAACGUGAUGGACGUGUGGAUCAUUUCGUUCAAGGAGUCGCUGCUGAAGUUCGUGACGGAGGAGAUGAAGGCGUACCGGCUGUACACGGUCGUGCCGCGGUUGACCAAGUUCAUCGACCAGCUCACCAACUGGUACGUGCGCAUGAACCGCAAGCGCAUCAAGGGCGAGUACGGCGUGGAGGACUGCUACCACGCGCUGGACACGCUGUACGAUGUGCUGCUGGCGAUGGUGAAGAUGAUGGCUCCCUUCACCCCCUAUCUGACCGAGUUUAUGUACCAGCGGCUGCGGCUGCUCUCGAGCGAACCGAUGGACGGCAGCGUCCACUACCAGAUGAUGCCGUCCUCGAACGGGCGCUACAUCAACGUGGCCAUCGAGCGGGCCGUCGCCCGCAUGCAGGCCGUGGUUGAGCUGGGGCGCGUAAUGCGCGACCGGCGCACGAUGCCGAUCAAGUACCCGCUGACGGAGGUGAUCGUGGUGCACCAGAGCGAGCAGUAUCUGGCCGACGUGCGUUCGCUCGAGGCGUUCAUACUGGACGAGCUGAACGUGCGGCGCAUUACGCUCAGCUCCGAGCGGCAGCGGUACGGUGUGACGAUGCGUGCCGAAGCCGACCACAAGACGCUCGGCGUGCGGCUGAAGAACGACUUCAAGCAGGUGCUCGGUGCGAUCAAGCAGCUGUCGGAUGCGGAUAUUACGCGCCAGCUGGCCCAGGGCCACUUCGACAUCGCCGGCCACCGGGUGGAGCUGGAGGAGAUCCGGCUGAUCUAUCAGUUCACCGGCGGCAACGCGUCGUUCGAGGCGCACAGCGAUAACGACGUGCUCGUCCUGCUCGACAUGACCCCGAACGAGGAGCUGAUGCGCGAGGGCACGGCGCGCGAGAUCAUCAACCGCAUCCAGAAGCUGAAGAAGAAGGCGAAGCUCAUCCCGACCGAUCCGGUGCUGAUCUACUACACCGUGAGCGGCGGCGACAGCGAGGUGCGCAGCGUCGCCGAAAGCCAUCGCAGCUUCAUCGUCGGCACGGUCAAGUCGCCGUUCGUGCCGUACGGCCCGGAGGCAGCCGCCAAACCGGUGCUGAUCGAGGAGUCGCAAGAGCUGAAGGGCAUUACGCUGACGAUCACCAUCUGCUCGCCGCACGAUCGUGAGGUACCGGCCGCGCCGUGGGUUAACCUUCUGCUUGAUGAGGGGCUUGCUCCCCGCUACCAACCUAACCCACCGUCCCGCAAGGCUUCCCUGCUGUUGGAGGGUCGGCUUUCCGGCAAGCCGCUCACGUUCGACCAGCUGCACCAGGAGGUGGUAACGCUGUUCGGGCUAAAGGAUGUGCAGUUCAACGUGCUUGCCGGGCCCGACGGUCGACGGUUGGAUGCGAGCAGCUACGAUCCGAAGGCACUGCACCAGCAAACGCUGUACGUGACGCUAGGGGAUAGCUUACCGGCCGCGGGCUGGACACCGUCCCGCAUGCCGUACGCCGCCUUUCGCAACGUACAGAGCGCGAACGGACGAAGCACGACCGUGUUCGAAGAGAAUCCGGUUGGCGUGAAACUGCCGGCACCGGCCCUAUAAGUGAUGAACAUCCGCUUUGUUGCUUGACCUUACGCGGACACUUGGAAUUUGAUUUGCGAGAAAACAUGUCGUUUGAAACGAACGUUUUAGUUUACACCCACCUAACCCAUCUUUCUAUCCCCUUCUCCCUGGAACCCUGAGUUGGCUUAAUUAUGAAGCUUAAGAUUGAACUAGUACAAUAAAGAAUUACCAUCAUCCUUACGA